AUGAUGGAUCAGAUGCAAGAGGACAACUAUUCAGAUGAUUUUGACAUGCAACUUAUAGGGAAUUUCUUGAGUUUUGCAUCUAGAGGUGACAGAGUUGGACUUAACCAGAUGUUGAGAGAUGGCAUAUCUCCUAAUGUACAAGACUAUGACAAGAGGACUGCAUUGCAUCUUGCAGCCAGUGAAGGCCAUGCUCCUAUUGUUGAACUCCUUUUGCACUACAGGGCCAAUGUUAAUCUCAAAGACCGCUGGCAAAGAACUCCCUUGACAGAUGCAAGACUCUACGGGUAUCGAGAUAUAUGUAGGAUCCUGGAAGUUAAUGGAGGAAAGGAUUUUAUCAAUGAUCAACCAAUGACAGUUCGACAUGAACAAGACUGCACUGAGAUGAACUUUGAUAUUUCAGAAUUGAACACAGAACACUCAUCAACAGUUGAACAGGGUGUUUUUGGUGAAUCAGUCAAGGUCAAGUGGCGUGGAACAUGGGUUAUUAAAACAGUAAUUAAGAGUCAGAUAUACCGUCCUGUAAAAAUGAUCUUAUCUGCCAAGGAUAAUACUCUCUUACGGCAACUUCGACAUCCAAAUAUUUUGCAGUUUCUUGGUUCAAUUGUUCAUCGGGAAGAGAUGAUUCUGAUCACAGAGCAUCUGCCUAAAGGGAAUUUGGAUGAAAUCUUGACCAGAAAAGUUCGGCUUGACGUACCUACUGCUCUGCGCUAUGCUCUGGAUAUCGCAAGGGGAAUGAAUUAUCUCCAUGAGCACAAGCCCUUGCCCAUAGUUCACAACCAUUUGAGUCCUAGGCAAAUGCUAGAAGGAAGACAUAUGCAUAGCAACAACAACUGUGAUGGUUCUGCUGAUUUUGAACCAAAGAUCCAGAUAAGCCGGUACUGUCCUAUAAGAAUUCAACAGUUAAUGGAGCUUUGCACAAGCAAAGAACCGAACCAAAAGCCCCCAUUCUCUUCUGUCAUACAGAUUUUAGAAGAAGAAUCUUCAUGCCUAGGAAGAGCUGCGUGUCCUGUUUGCUGA